GGCAGCACUGUGUUUCCUGUUCGCUGAUCACUCUUCGUUUCGCAGUUUAUCGAUAUGCGUCUUCAAGGCUGCAGACUGUGCUUGGCUCUUCUGCUCAUCUCAGUUCGUGCUGACUUUAUGGAUGACGGUGUAGAAACGGAAGAGUUUGAUGAAAAUUCAGAAGAGAUUGAUAUUGAUGAAGAUGAAAUUUCCUCAGAGAGUAAAUAUAAGACACCGCAUCCUAUAGGAGAAGUAUAUUUUACAGAGACCUUUGAUACUGGAAGGCUGGCUGGGUGGGUCUUAUCCAAGGCAAAGAAAGAUGAUAUCGAUGAGGAGAUUUCUAUAUAUGAUGGAAGGUGGGAACUAGAAGAGCUGAAAGAAAACCAGGUGCACGGGGACCGCGGCCUGGUGCUGAAGUCGCGAGCCAAGCAUCACGCCAUCUCUGCCACCUUGGCAAAGCCCUUCGUCUUCGCGGACAAACCUCUGAUCGUUCAAUAUGAAGUAAAUUUUCAAGAUGGUAUUGAUUGUGGAGGUGCAUACAUUAAACUCCUAGUCGACUCUGAUGAUUUGAACCUGGAAAACUUUUAUGAUAAGACUUCCUAUACGAUCAUGUUUGGUCCAGAUAAAUGUGGAGAAGAUUAUAAACUUCAUUUUAUCUUCAGACAUAAACAUCCUAAAACGGGAGUUUUUGAAGAGAAACAUGCUAAACCUCCAGAUGUAGACCUUAAAAAGUACUUUACAGACAGGAAGACACAUCUUUAUACAUUGGUGAUGAAUCCCGACAACACAUUUGAAAUAUUCAUUGAUCAAGUCCUCAUCAACAAAGGAAGCCUGCUGGAAGAUGUGGUCCCUCCGAUUAAUCCCCCCAAAGAGAUUGAAGAUCCCAGUGACAAAAAACCCGAUGAGUGGGAUGAAAAAGCAAAAAUCCCCGAUCCUUCUGCCGUGAAACCGGAUGAUUGGGAUGAGAGUGAACCUUCCCAGAUAGAAGAUGCCAGUGUUGCUAAGCCUGAUGGCUGGCUUGAUGAUGAACCCAAAUUUGUCCCAGACCCUCAUGCCGAAAAACCUGCCGACUGGAAUGAAGACAUGGAUGGAGAAUGGGAAGCACCCCAAAUUCCUAACCCAGCCUGUCGGGUUGGAUGUGGCGAGUGGAAGCCACCCAUGAUAGAUAACCCCAAUUUCAAAGGAAUAUGGAGACCUCCAAUGAUUGAUAACCCUAAUUAUCAGGGAAUCUGGAGUCCUCGAAAAAUCCCUAAUCCAGAUUAUUUUGAGGAUGAUCAUCCAUUUCUUCUGACACCUUUCCGCGCCCUUGGUUUAGAGCUUUGGUCCAUGACCUCUGAUAUCUACUUUGAUAAUUUCAUCAUCUGUUCCGAAAAGGAAGUAGCUGACCGCUGGGCUGCCGAUGGCUGGGGCAUGAAAACCAUGGUAGCAAAUGCUAAUGAGCCUGGAGUAAUUAAACAGUUAAUGACCGCCGCCGAGCAGCACCCGUGGCUGUGGCUCAUUUAUGGUGUGUUUGCAGUACUGCCACUGAUAUUGAUCACUUUGUUUUGUUGGCCAAGAAAAGCAAAGAAAAAAAGUGAAGAUGUGGCGUUUAGAAAGGCCGACAUUUGUGAGCUGCAAACUAAAGGCGCGCUAGAGCAAGAAGUGAAGGGAGACAAGGCAGCCCUGGAGAAGCCAGUGGACUUGGGGGAAGAGAAAAAGCAAAGUGAUGGUGAAAUUCUGGAAAAGGAAGAGGAAGGUGAACCCGAGGAAAAGAGUGAGGAAGAAAUUGAGAUCAUAGAAGGGCAGGAAGAAGGCAAUAAAUCAAAUAAGUCUGGGUCAGAGGAUGAGGAGGCGGAGGAGAGCCCGGGCUCUGGAGACGGGCCCGUCAAGUCAGUCCGCAGGAGACGAGUACGGAAGGACUGAAUCCGACUCAAGUAUUGUGAACUCACGGGAGCGAGCGCGGCAUUGGAAAUCAGUGUGCCACCGCUGAACUUGAACCAGUCUUCCCCUCCUGUUCCUAAUAGCUAACCUUAUUAUUCUUUCAGUGGUUUAUUUUAGUCUUUCUUUUCAGGGGAGGAAAAACAAACCCCACUUACCUCGGAUGUGACUCGGUCUUGGAAUUUAGAAUAAAAGAAAAAUGGCAGGUUAGAGACCAGAAUUUACGAGACGACGGUCAUUAGAAGUUACAUGGUUUUAGUAGUUUGUAGUUUGGGUUCCUCGCUGUUCUUGGAAAAAUCCGUUGUUGGGGUUUCCAUGUAAACGGCCAGACCGCAGCGUAACGGGUAGUCCUAUACUGAAAACGGGGAGGACUCUGUUGUACAGAGCUAAAUGUAAUAAAGUUUCUAUAUGGUUGUUUGAUUCUA